AUGCCUCCGACUUCCGCUGCUAGCAUUAUAACGGCACAAUGCAUGGACUACGAUGAUGUCGCAUGGGCCAGGUGUGAUGAGAUAUUCGACUCUUGGAAAAGCCGACUAUUCGAACGGGAAGUUCUCCGGGAAAUAGGACGAUUCAUCGACGAACAUAGGGGAGGAGUUCCUGAUGAGCUUUUUGCUCCCAAGCGCGGGGCCUUCAAUGCUUGGCUUCGGAUGCUAUUCCAAGAUGGAAGCUCUGCCAUCAUUCGAUUUCCUUGCCCUGGUGCUUCGAUGUUCCCUGAAGAAAAAGUCAAGCGCGAAGUUGCAGUGAUGCAGUUCCUCGAAUAUUUUACCAAUCUGCGCGUGCCUCACAUCCUUCACCACGGAACGACAGAGGAGAGCUCAAAGGGCCUAGGUCUAUUUAUCGUCAUGGAGUACAUUAGCAAUGAAGGCGAUUUCAUUGAUGCUAUUAACAUCCCUGGUCGGUCGCGCGAUGACAGACCAAUCUUAAAUCCGAACGUCUCACAAGAACGACUUGAGUCGGUAUACAGCCAGAUGGCAGAUGUCAUGCUUCAGGUAUCGAGGCAUUCUUUUAUGAAGAUUGGUUGUAUCGGCAAAGCUAAUGAAGAUGACGAAUUCGAUGAUGAAUGGGUAGUAAAGCACCUCCCACUCACUUUCAACAUGAACGAACACGUUCAGCUAGGCGGGGUUCCGCCUCAACUACUUCCCCAGAGCACAUUCGAAACAGCCUCAUCUUACUACCAAGCACUGGCUGAGAUGCAUAUGAUCCAUCUGUCUUCGCAAAGGAAUGAUGCCAUUGAUUCUGCGGAAGACUGUCGACAAAAGUACAUCGCAAGAUGUCUAUUCCGCAAAAUUACCCGGGAUUAUCAGCUUUGCGACGAUGAGUCUGGCCCUUUCAAGCUGUUCUGUGACGACCUUCGACCUGGGAACGUCCUUGCGAACGAUCAGUACAUGAUGACUGGAGUGGUUGACUGGGAGUUUACUUACGCGGCUCCUACUGGAUUUGCCUACAGCCCCCCGUUCUGGUUGCUGCUCGAACUUCCAGAAUUCUGGGAGCAGGGCUUGGAUGAUUGGACUACAAAAUAUGAGAAGGUUCUGUCGACAAUCCUAAAAGUUCUCAAGGACGAAGAGCAAGCAGCCAUUGACCGAGGGACUCUGAAGGAGAGCGAUCGGCUGUCUGGACAUAUAAAGAGCUGGGCAUUCGACAUGAUAUACUGGGCUAAUAUUGACCGGAGGUUCUUUGGUGAUGGAGAUCUAAACGAUCGAAUGAAGCUUUUGACGCCGGAUGAAAGAGAACAAAUGGAUGGAUUCAUCCAGAUGAAAUUGAAGGCUAAGGAGGAAGGCGGGUUGGCUGACCACAACAAUCUGCAGGAUCAAAUGAUCUAG